GUCCCAGCUCUGCACUCAUUUGUAAAUAAGGAACUGGAUGAAAUCCAGGCGAACACUCCAACUCAGACACAGUCGUAACGAAGAAAAAGCGGCCAAGAUAUUUGGGUGAGGUGGAGACGCCCUUGUCGCCGGUGCCGGCGGGCUGUAGGUUCCCCUCACUCGCAGCAGCUGCGGCGAACUGCCCAGUACCGUGAGCGGGAUCGCUCGUCCAGCCCUGUCCUCCUGAAACCGACGGCGGGCAGGAUGAGGCACGCAGGCAGCGCCGCGGAGCUAGAAGAGGAGGACGAGAUCGACAUCGACGGCGUGAAGUCCGCGUUGCAAGCUGAACAGAGUCAGGUGCAGAAGCGGACGUUCACAAACUGGGUGAAUGCCCAGCUGGCCAAGCACAAGUCGCCAUCGGUGGUCCAGGACCUGUACCAGGACCUUCGGGAUGGACACCAUCUCCUGGAUCUGCUGGAGGUCCUCUCUGGGCAACAGCUGGAACGCGAGAAAAAGAGCACACACCCUAUCCACUGGAGGGCCAACGUGCAAUCUGCCCUGAAGUUCCUGAAGGCAAAUUCGAUCAAACUGGUGAACAUCAAUGUCCCAGACAUCGUAGAAGGAAAGUCCAACAUCAUCUUGGGCCUCGUGUGGAGCAUCAUUUCACAUUUCCAGGUGGAGAAGCUGGCAAUGGGGUUACAGCUGGACUCUGCGGAAGGGGUCCCGUCACCUCCAGUGACCGCCUCACCCACAGGGACCCCCCCGGUGAAGAGAGGACGGUUCCAUUCAAAGUGGAAGUGGUCAGCAAAGCAAGCCCUCCUGCAGUGGGUCCAGGAAAAGACCAGGGACCAGCCCGUUACCAUCCAGGACCUCAGCGGCAGCUGGAGCGACGGCCUGGCCUUCGCUGCUGUAAUCAACGCCCUGCGUCCCGGCCUUCUCAACACAGCCAAGCUCCAGCAGCAGUCCAACACAGAGAAGCUGGAGACGGUCUUCCGCACUGCGGAAAACCAGCUGGGAAUUCCCAGGCUGCUGGAUGCCCGGGAUUUUGCUCUUCAGAAACCCGACGAGAAAUCGAUCAUAACAUACCUGUCACAGUUUCUGGAAUAUUCUAGGGGGUUCCCUGCGGACGAGCUGGACAUGAAGGAACCCCUAUCAGCACAGGACACUGAGAACUCCAUGUUGCAGACUGAUGUCAGGCAGGAAUUCGAGGAAUCGAGGAAGCAGGUGGAAGCCUGUAUCCAAGGGGCGGUGCAGUUCCUUCAGGAUGAGGGCACCCCUGAGGAGCUCAUUGCUAAGCACCAGGAGACGAUCCGGGCCUUUGACUCGGGGACUCUGUGCCGGUUCCUUGCCGCCACUGACGUGCUCCAGACCACCGCCUCCCCCCAGAAGCGCCAAGCGGUCUCCGAGCUGCGGGAAGAACUCCGUCGGCAAUGGGCGGUGGUGCAGCCGGCUGUCGCCGCGCACUUGCAGCGACUGGACUCUGCGGUGCGGCACACGGUGACCGGCCGGGCUCGUCGGCAGUCCGAGAUGGGGACGGAGGCGGAGCCGGAGCCGGUGCCGGGAACGCCGAGUGUUUGCCGGGGAGCUGGUCCCGCACAGCAGACCGCUGCUGGCGAAGGUGCUGCUUUGAUGGAGGGUGAACCACGAAUGGUGACAGGGCAGCAGGCCGACUGUGGGUCUGCCUACAGGGUCAGCCUCACCGGCUGUGAACACGGCCCAGGGAAGCUGGAGGAGGCGACGGGGGCUGGGACACCUGUGACAGGGGAGCCGGGUGCCGCGGUCUGGAGGGAGGGUGAGCUGCUCCAGACUGGAUCACAGGAGGAACUUGGUCGGCUGGCUGGGAUGGAGUGGUCCGGAGAUCCAGCCAGGAUGGUGACUUGUGCUGGCAAGGAGGAACAGAAACCCACUGAGCUCAGAGCAGCCAAGUGCAGCAGGGACUCCGAGGCUGUCCGCCCACCCGGGGUGGCAGGGGGUGACCCGGAUGAAGAUGUUCUGGGUGCUGGGCUGGAGAGCAGAGGUCCCACCCGAGUGGUGGAGGGGAGUCCAACAGCUUCCAGAGCCCCCGUAGUCGAGGGUGACAGUUCUGCCCCUCCUUGCUAUCUGUCCUGCUCACUCAGUGAGGAUGGACAGAACAUACUUCAGGAAUCCAGUGAGCUGGAGGGGGUCAAGGAAGCCGACAACCUCCAUCAGAGACUGGGAGUCCUCGGAAGGUGGGAGCCGGAUGCUUCUGGAGUUGCCCCGUGUUUCGGUCAGCCAGCAGGAAUACGGGGUGGGGUAGUCACAGUAGAUGCAGGACAGACCGGGGCCCCAGUGGGGACUGGCACAGUGGGGCCAGUUCAGAAAGGUCCCCCUGCCAACCUGGAGAGCCUGGCCGGACACCUCCCUGUGACCAAGGGUGGCCACCAGAGCUGGUCGGAGAGCCCAGAAACUUGGGUAGCAGGAGACUUGGGGACAGGAGGUGGGAACUGGCCCUUGGGUCUGGGAAAGGAAGAGGGAAGUGUUCCACCCACCUCUGGGGGCUUUAGCCUUCAGGGGCAGGGGCUCCCAGGUGGAAACCCAGGCCCGUGUCGUGCCUAUGAAGAACCCCAGGCUGCAGGGAGCGGCCUGCCCGCCUCAGGAUCACAGGCUUGGGGAUACCACUCCCACGAACAGAGCACACGGAGGGCCAAAGAACCUCAGCCCACAACAGUACCAGAGGACAAGCACGAACAGGACCGUGGCACAGUGACUUGGAGCCCCAGGGCCGAGGGCGUCAGUCCCUGUGCAGAGGAACAGAGUGGCUGCUCUCCACCAGGGAAUAACCCUGUGGUUUGGGAUGGGCAGGUGAGGGUGCCCACAGGGGAGUUACCAGCGGCCCCUCAGGAUAUUACAGCUCCCAGUGAUGAUGGGGUGAGAGGCGAGGGACUCGGCUCUGUCCCGUGUGGGGCUUCGAACCAGCUCUCGGCCAGUGGGCUCCUGCAAGUAGGCAGCUCCGUGUCGGACCUUGAUGUAGGACAACCUGCGCAGGAGAACAGACGGGAAUCAUUACCAGGAGAAAGUCAGCCCAUUCCUAAUUAUUCCCAGGCACUGGGGGAAUCUUCAGACUGCAGACGUGUGGUGUAUGCCCCAGCCGGAGAGGAUUGUGGAAGAUCACCUGAAAUGAUGGAAGAGGAGUCGUUUGGAAUUCCGGUUUUGUCCUUGACUGAUCGCCGUGGGACAGAACUUCAGGGCCUUGAGGAACAAGAGAGGGAAGGUCGAGGCAGCCGUGACGUAGUGACAAGAUAUGAAACAGCAGAAAAUUUGGAGCAGAUGUUGAAGAGGCUGGGGACUUGGGGUGCGUUGGACGCCCACUGCCAGCCAACCUUGUUGGAUCUGAGGGAGAAGCUUCAGGAGGUGCAGGCUGCCCAGUCUGAAGUGACAUCCUGCCUGUCUGGGUCUGACGCAGAGCUGAUGGAAGAGCAUGGAAUGGACCCCUACAUACUGCCUUCAGCCACUAGGAGUGGGAGAGAGGACCUGGUGCAGCUACUGCGAGCUCUCCAGCGCAGAGAACGGUCCCUGAGCUCGGUGCUCGGAACCCUGGAGGGACUAGAGGAGGAAAUCCUCCCAUUGCAUGACUCAUUGCUCCGAUUCCAGAGUCAGCCAGUGGUGCUGAGUGGACGCAGCCUGAAGCUCGAGCCCCAUCUGGAGCUGCUGAAGCAACUUCAGACUGCGGCUGGGACCCUGAUUGAAGGCAGUGAAGUCGUGUGUGGUGAGCGUCCAGACAGCCUAGAGCCUGUCGAUCACCGUGCAGUGUGCUCCAUUGCCCAUGCCUAUGCCCAGCGAUGUCAGGAGAUGGGGGCACAGAUGCAGGCUGCUGCCUCAGCGCUCCAAGGCCUGGACCAUUUCCUGCGGUCACUGUGGGCCGCAGAGCCCUGGGAUGGAGCUGGACAGGGGCAGCAGGCAGCUGCAGAGACACCCAGCCCACGGUCAGAGGAGGAGGCCAAGCGAUUAUGGGUUAGGGCCCGACAGCUGGAUGAGACACUGGAGGCGGCGGGCCUCUGCCUCAGCGACGGGAGUUUGGGCGGCAGGGUUCGUUGCCAGGACUUGGUGGCAGUGCUGGACCGGGAGAGAGAUGCCACUGGACGGGAGGAGCAUCCCCCUCAGGAGAAGAUGCGCACAGGGCAAGAGCGACUCAUCCAACACCUGCAAGAAAUUGAGCAAUGUGCACAAGCCAUGUUGUUACCUGAAGCCACAGUUCCGGCCGUACAGGGGAGGCUGGACGCUCUGAAGGAGUUGGAGUGCGAGCUGCAGCGGACGGAACAGGAACUCGCCCUGCUAAGGGAAAUGGCUCAGCAGCUGGUCACCUCCAACCCGACCCUCGCUGGAGAGGCACAACAAAUAGUCCAGACUGCCAAAGAAGCAUGGACUGUCACUGCAGGCAACCUCCAGGACUGGCAGGAGCAGUGCUCUCUGUUGGUGGACUUCCUGAGAGAGUUCCAAAAUCACAAGAAGGAUUUGCUGUCCACCAUAGAGAAGGGCAAGAAUCUGACUCCACGACACUCGUCUUACAUGACGAAAGAAAAGCUCCAGCAGCUAAUGAGAGAUGUUGAUGAUACCAGACAGGAUCUCAGUGAUAAGCAGGAGCUGCUGGACAAACUGAGGAACAUCUGCUGGCGUCUGCAGUCCAACCUGCGUAGGAUCACGGAAUCAGAGUCCCUGCCUUUCCAGGGAGAAGCGGAAAACCUGGUGGAUCAGUGGCUGGACGUGACGGAGAGGUUGGAGAAAUAUGGCUGCAGCCUGCAGCAGGCUCUGAGCCUGUGGGACAGUCUCACCAAGUGUGGCAAGAGGACGGGAGAGCGAGUGCUGUGGAGGGAGGAUCCGCUGGGAGAGAGUGUGAGCCAGCGGGGGCCAGUGCCGCUGGAUGGGGGGAGUGCGGACCAGGCUCGGGCACGGGAACAGCAGGUCCGCACCUUCCAUGAGAAGGCAUUGAGGAUCCAGAAACUGCUGGAGUGGGAGGAGGUGCCGCUUGAGUUACAGGUGCUGGAAUCGGCAUUGUGGAAGGAGCUGGACCAGAUGAGUGGAGGUCAGCGGGAUCCCGGAGGCGACCUGUCACAGACUGAGGAAAGGUUUGAGACCACCCCAGCGUCCAUCCCGACCAUGGCCAUGGAGAAACAGGUUAGGCAGUUCGGCCUGGAUCUCGGGGGAGGAGGUCAGCAGUGUUCCGCAGAAGCCCAGGACGAGCAGGAGGAGGCGAUGUGGAGCGAUGACGAUGUGACACCAACAGCAGAGGAGCUGCCCCAGAUCCUGCCCAUGGAACAGGGAUCGAGCAGUGACUGUCCCCUUCCUCAGCAGUGUGAGCAGGGAGAGAGACCGGCUGACGACCCAGUCCCAAUGGCAGGGGCACGGGCCCAGCCGCUCCAGGACGAAGGUUAUUGGAACGAGAUACCCGACACUGGCUAUCUGGUGGACAGGCUGAGGGCCGAGCAGGGGACCACGGAGAGCUCGGCGCGGAGGAUCGGGGAGAGCCACACCUGCACCGCGGAGGAGUCACGGGAGGGCAAGAGAGCCCCAUGGGAGACCACCGGGGUCAGUGACUGGCUGCAGCACUCGACGUUUCUGCCUGACGCCGGAGGCUCGGAGUCCAGUGGAGAACCCGAGGCUGGAGAGGAGGUGGGGGUCCAGGGGGGCCGUGCAGAGGAGCUGAGGAUCAGGAUCGUGGACUGCACGGACCGACUUCGGGAGCUGGAGGAGAGACUGUGGCAGCAGAACAGGACUGUGGGUGAGGCCAAGGCCCAGCAGAAGCUCAUCUGGAGUAAGAUUGAUGCGUGGCACUCUGUCCUCUCUCAGCUGGAUGGCGACGUACAGGAAUUGGCGGAGGAAGAUCCAGGGCCGGCCCAGCAGCUGAUGGACUCUCUGCUGGACUCCUUCCAGCUGUACCAGCAGGUGUCUCAGCUGGCAGAGCAGAGAUCAGCGUUGGUCAACAAGAUUCCGGAGUGCCUGCAGGAGUUCCAGCAGGUGAUAGAUUCAGCCACGUCCUGGAUUCAGAGCACAGAGGACCUGCUUUCCCAGAAUAUUGACUGCUCGUCAGCCAAGUCCCUGAACAAACAGCUCUUCACAGUACAGAAGCUGGCAGAGAGCAACAGACAGAAGGAGAAAAGCCUGCAGGACCUCAACUCCAGGCUGAGAGAGCUGUCCGUGACAAUCCACACCGACGACAUGAUGGCUGCUGUCAACAGGCUGCAGGACAGUGGCAUCUCCUUACAGCAAGGCCUGGCCCAGAGGGCAUCUGAGAUCCAGGCUGUCACCACGGAGAUCGAGGCCCUUGAAUCUGAAGUGAAAAACCUUGAAAGUAAUGUAUCUGCGGUUAAGGCCAUCCUCCACUCCACAGACCUUGGUCACUUACCCAUUCAGGAGCAUCUGACGAACCGACAGGUGAUCUUGGCGAGCCUGGAGGAGGUGAGGGGGACGGCUGGCAUGCUGGCGGAGUACAAGAAUACCCUGGUGCUACCAGAGGGUCACUCGGGCAACGUCGAGGCCUUCACCAGAGUGGCCUGCAUUUCUGCAGAGAUUAACCCGCUGCAGGAACUGACCAGGCAGCAGAGCUCCCUGCUGGAGUCACUGCUGGAGAAGUUACAGGGUUGUGACGCAGAAGCUGAGAGACUGCAGAAGGAUGAGGUCUCGGAAUCCCAGGGGGAGACGUUGUCAGAUCUGAGCGAGCGCCGACAAUCGCUGGUGAUCAGUACCCAAGAAGCCCUCAUCGUGGUCACCCAGAGCUUCACAGAGGAGCAGAAGUCACCCUCACCCCAGGCUGAGCCACCCAGAGAACCUGAGUAUCCACAGGCAAAUAAUGUGCCCGGAAAGUUAUCCUCCCUGCUGGAGGAAGACGAAGACGAGGGGGAAAGCGAAGAGACAAUGGAAGGAACCCAGUCGUCAGCACCACCUCCAGAUGUUGACAGAGGGGGUCUGCAGGGCCUCGAUGAGUGCCAACAGCGGGUGCUGGAACUGGAGCGUUGGCUGGAAUCGACCCGGGAACUACCAGGAUCCGGGCCUUGGACCCUGACGAUGCAGGGUAGUGUGGAGGAGCAGCUCCAAAAGUUACAGGAUACACUGGCGGAGAUCGAGGAGAAAGUGGAGCAGCUGACGGAGGCAAACCUGGAGCAGGGUGUUGGCUCACAGCUGGCAUCACUGUCGGAACGGCUGGCCUCUCUGCGGGGCAAUCUGCUGGCAACGCAGGCUCAGCUGGCUCAGGAGCAGAUUCCCUCACAGGAGUGGGAGACUGAGCUGACAGAACUGACGUGUCCCACAGAGGUGAUCACCCAGCAGAACAAGACCACGGGGCAGAGUCCUCUUGGAGAGGAGCCUAGCUCACCUAUUCACAUCACGAGAGACCAUGGUGACCCUGAAUCCCUUGGGAUCGCAACCCCUGUGGGCCCAGACGAGGCGUCCCCAUCGUUGGCUGUAAUGUGGCAACAUCUCCGACGUCAGAACCAGGACUUGGCAAAGCUUCUGGAAGAUUUUCUCCAACAAAGUCAAGGGUCACAGGGGACCGUUCACCAGGAUGCGCGCUUAAAGUUGGAGAUGGCCGUGCAGAGGAUCGCUCACCGCAUCAGCGACUGGCUAGAUGGGGCGCAGGCGGAGCUGAACAGCGGCAGCCUGGUGCCUCUUGCGGAAGCAGAACAACAACUACAGCAUCACCAGGUACUGCUGGAGACAGCUUGCCAGGACAUGGCGGAGGAAGUCAAGGCGCUGGGGCAGUCGGACGCCUUCAACUGUACCGAGGCUCGGGGCUCCCUAUUGGACCUACACAACCGGCUUGGGCUGUUCAUCCGCAGUGGCUGCCUGCUCACCCACUCGCUGCGUGCCAAUGUGGACCACGCCUCUGAGUGCCAGGUGAAGCUGAAACAGCUACAGGCUGCGUUGUCAGAGAGGAGAAUGACUGUGCAGCAUCAACUAUUGGAGUCUCCAGGCUGCAGUCUGGAUGAACAGCUGCAGGUGGUGGAGGGGCUGGCGGCUGAGCUGCUCCGGUUAGAAGGGAGUCUGCUGGAGCUGCGGGGCACGAUGGAUCGGUGGAAUGCAGGUCCCUGCUGGGAGCAGGAGGUCAACGUGCUGGAGGAGGCACUGGAGGACAGCUGGACAUGGGUGGGCGAGCAGAGGAGGGAGAUUCAGCACUGCCUGCUGCUGGGACGUCAGCACCAAGGGCUCCUGCAAGGUCUUGCCUCCCUACUGGAGAGCGAGCAGGUGACUGCUAGCCCAGAUGAACCUCUUCUGUUCCGGAGCAUCAGUGAACUACAGACCCACCUGCAGCGAUACAAGCUCUUUUUCCAGAGGCUGGAGGGUCACGUGAGUGCUGCCGAGCAGUUUUCCAUGGCGGUUCCAGAGCGGGUGAUUGCCAGGCACAAGGAGAGGUGGAUGGAACUGGUGAACAGGCACGUGGAGAUACAGUCGCAGGCCCUCAGGUGGGGGGUGCACAUGGAGACCGCACUCCAGGUCUGGGCUGAGCUGGAGGCCGAGCAGGAGGCUCUGACAGAGGAGGUAGAGACAUUGAGCUCCCGGCUACCGUCCGUCGGGCUGGUGGAGGAGACGAAGGAGCACGUGGCUGAAGUCAUCGGCACCCUUCAGCAUAUCCGGGAGAGUCUUGCGGACAGCUGGCCGAGGAUGGAGGAGGCACUGAGGAGCGGGAGGACCCUACUGGAGGUGGUGGACAACCCUGAGCUAGAGGCCCAUCUCCGUGCCCUGGAGGAUGCUUGGCUCUCCCUGAGGAACCGACUCCACCAGGAGUUACUCCGCAUGGAGACGUUACUGGAGCAGUGGAACUGGUUUCAGAGAGAAUCCGGUGGCUUUGAGGAGUGGCUGGAUCAGGCUGGGAACCAGGUGAUGUACUGGAAGCAGGAGUCGCUGAGUGUCCCCUUGAAUGUGGAGAGCAGAAGGAAUCAGCUCAAACUCUUCCUGGACUUCAGGAAGGAGGUGGAGGAGCGGAACCCCUCCGGGGCAGCGGUGACCGGCAGUGGGCGCCGGCUGCUGGCACUGCAGCACACCCCAAGUGCCGCUGUGCAGGAACAGCUGGAGCAGUUGGAGAGGCGUUGGGCACAACUGGCCGGGGAGCUGCCCCCCAUCCAGGAACGGCUGCUGCAGCUACAGGUGGAGGGGACGCCCUCCAAGUUGCUCCUGGCCGAGCUGGUUGAGUGGGUCAGCGGUGUGGACACGCGGCUUCGUGCAGCAGCAGAGGUACCAGCGCUGGGCAGCAGUGCAGCUGUGUCGCAGGAACUGCGUGACUGCCAGCGCCAGAAACUGGAAGUAAGCUGCUGGCAGCCAGCAGUCGACUCUGUGAACCACUCUCUGCUCCAAGUGAGAGACGAGGACGUGGAGGGCAGCCGGUACAGCAAGAUGGAGCUGGCUGAACAACUCGGCAGUCUGAACCUCUACUGGGAGACGCUGUGCCACAACCUGAACACCAGGGUGCAAAAACUAGACCUAGCGUUGGAGACCUGGACUGACCACGAGCACAGUGUGCAGGUGUUGGUGAGCUGGCUGGGGACUCAGGCAAAGCGCCUGGAGCACAUUCGAGAGGCCAGCAGCUACACCUCCCUCUUGGGCUCGCUGACAGACUGCCAGAAACUGUGCGAGCAGCUGAAGGUGAAGGAGAUGGAGUUUCAGCAGCUGAGGGAGACGUUGGAUCGAGAGACGAGACAGGUGUCUCUGGAGACACAGGUGGAGAGUGUGGCAACACUGGACCAACUGCAGGCCGAGUUUCAGAGCCUGGCUGUUGAGGUGAACCAAGUGGAAUCCGUCCUGGCCUCUCGACGCCAGCUCUGGACGGCCUAUGAGGAUACCUACAAGCAGGUGAACGUGAACAUUAUCUCAGUAAGAUACACCCUGGAGCACUGGACAUCACUCCGCCCUUCCCUGGAGACGGCCCGGAUUGUGGUGAACAAGCUACAGGCUCUGCAGGACAUGAUGGAUGGUGGGGAGGGGAGCUGGAGGAAGUUCCUAGAGGUUUCACAACGCCUGCAAGAGGAAUGCUGCCCGAAGAUGAAGGUCCAGCUGGAGAACAGGGUCCGGGACACUGAGAGGAGGUGGACUGGCAUCAACCAGGACGUGUCGGAGCGGCUGAGGUUGGCUGGCGCCUGCCUGGUGCUGUGGCAGCAGUUCAGCUCGGCGCACAGCCGCGCUCUGGAGAAGGUCCAGGCGCUGGAGAAGCAGUGCGGGUGGCUGCUGGCAGCAACCUCCGCGGAGGAGAGCACCCCGGAGAGGCUGCAGGGUCGACUCCGGAGCACACAGGACUCUGUUAACGACCUAAAGACCCUGCAGCAGGGAAUCCUGCCUCUGCGCGAAGCCGCAGAUGAAUUGGCUGGACACCUGGACCCUUCAUCGUCUGCAGCUGUUCAGUCAGACGCUCAACAUGUUUCUGGCCGGGUAUCCCGUCUGCUGGAGUUACUGUCAGUCAAGACACAGGAAGUUCAGGGUUUACUGGAGCAACGGCAGGAAUUCCAAAGGAGUGCAGAGCACCUGGAGAGGCUGAUGGACCGAUGGGAAGAGGCUCUGGGAUCCUCUGGCGUGGGGUCCCAGGCGGUGGGACAGGCCUGGGCGGAGAUGGUCAAGGCGUCCAUGAUCCUGGGCACCGUGAGGCACCUUGGCACGGUGCUGGAGGGAGAGCAUUGCCGGGUGCGGGAUCUGGAACGUCGCUGGAAACUAGCGUGGGACACGGCCUGGACAUUGUGCAGCUGGUCGCAGGGAGCGGGGGAGCCCGACCACGAGUACUGGAGACAUCUUUGGCGGGAGCUGGAGGAGAAGCUGGUGGUCGGCCUUCCCGGCAAACUUGAGUGGCUGGAAGCCCACCAGCUGAGACCCGAGCACGAUGCAGCAGCUGGGGGAGAGGGGGAGGCCGGAUUGCCUGGCAACCUCGAGCAUCUGGAAUCCCACGAGGGUCUGCAGACGGAGGUGGGGCUGGUCCGACAGAUGGCGGAAGGGACAGACAGCGAGAAGUCACAACCCUCGCCUGCAGAGGGUCCGCACAGUGGUCCCUCCAAGUGCCAAUGGUCCGAGAUCCGUGUACGGACCGACUGGUGGUGCCGGUACCGUGCAUCCAGGGCUGGGCUGCAGCGGCUUUUGGCAGGGGUCGGGCCCUGCCUCCGUGCGAUGGACAGGUUGGGCCACUACACGCUGGCAGAGACCUGGGCGCUUCAGGAUGAACUACAGCACGAGGAGCGUAUUCUAAAUCGCCACAAAGGCUGCUACCUGCAGACGGUGGAGCUGGGCAGAUGGCUACUGUCAGAGGCCAACACCCAAACGCAGUCGGUGCUCCGGGAGCAGCUGGAUCAGCUGCAGGAGGGCUGGAAGUGGGCCAGUGCGCAGGUGAAGGACAAUGCUGCACAGCUGGCCAACGUCCAGGAGAUGUGUACCAGAUGUGACCGCGAGAUAGCUGUCCUGGGGCCUGCGUUCCAAGAGAUAAGGAGAGAUCUGAAGAGGGCCUUGCCUCGAUCCAUUGAGGACCUUCAGAGGGAGCAGAGUAGGCUGCAGGAGCUGGAGCAGACCCAGGGGGCCUGGAGCAGCCGCCUGGCUGAGCUGAGCAGCCAGAAGACCCUCCUUGGUGCGCAGCUUGUCCAGAGCUCAGCAAUCGGCUUUCAGGAACAGGUGACACAGCUGGAGAACCAGUGGGAACAGCUGCGCCUGGCGGGCUUCGCGCGUGGACAGGAUAUUAAUCGGGGGCUGGAGCAAUGGAAUCUGUUCAAAACCAGAAGUGAGGAGCUGGGAGCUUGGCUGAAGACAAUGGUGGGUCAGGUCACCCAGAGCACCGGAACAGGGAUCGAGGAGACAAUCGAGAAGCUGCAAAAGGACUGUGUGGAGGAGAUUGCACGAUGGCAGACGAGCAGACAGACGGUGCAGAGGCUGGGAGAGGGGCUGAAGGAGGCGAGUGAUCCAGCCCGGGCCAGCGAGGUCGACAGCAGAUUGCAGGGCAUCGCGGCUCGGUGGGAGCACCUCAACCAGCUCAUCGACUCCAGGGUGAGCACACUGAUGGAGAGGCGGAUGUCGGUGCAGAAUCUGGAUGGGGAGAUGAGCUGCCUACGUUCCUGGCUGGCCCACAUUGAGGCUGAACUCUCCAAGCCCCUCGUCUACACCGUCUGCAAUGACCAGGAGAUCGAGCGCAAGCUGGCCGAGCAACAGGAGCUGCAGAGGGACAUCGACCACCACGCCGCGGGGGUGGAGUCAGUGCUGCAACGGAGCAACGGGAUCCUGCUUUGUGCCGAAGCCGAGGCCGAUGCCGAUGCCGAGACCGAAUGUGACUCCCUGAGACAGAGCAGCAGUAGCCUGGACCGGCGCUGGCGCAACAUCUGCGCCCUGUCGCUGCAGCGGCGAAUGCGAAUCGAGGAGACGUGGCGAAUGUGGCAGAAGAUUCUGGACGAUUACUCACACUUCGAGGAGUGGCUGCGGGGGGCAGAGGAGACAGCCGCUCACCCCAACACCUCCCUCAUCCCCUACAGCCUCGCCAAGGACGAGCUGAAGAAGUAUGAGACGUUCCAGAGACAGGCUCACGAGCGGUUGACCCAGCUGGAGCUCAUUAACAAGCAGUUCCGCCGACUCUGCCGGGAGAACCGUGCCGACACCUCACGCUACCUCCGGCACAUCGUUGCCCAGGGUAACCGGCGUUGGGACGCCCUACAACGGCGCAUCACCGCCAUCCUCCGUCGCCUCAAGCACUUCAUCAGUCAGAGGGAGGAGUUUGAGUGCUCGCGGAAGGCCAUCGAGGUGUGGCUAACGGAGAUGGACCUACAGCUGACCAAUGUGGAACAUUUUUCCCAAAGCGACAUUGUCGACAAAGUGCGGCAGCUCAACGCCUUUCAGCACGAGAUCACCCUCAACACCAACAAGAUCGACCAGCUGAUCGUGUCUGGGGAGCAGCUGAUUCAGAAGAUCGAGCCGCUGGACGCCGUGGACAUCGAGGAGGAGCUGGAGGAUCUGCAUGCCUAUUGCCAGGACGUAUUCGGGCGUGUGGCACGCUUCCAUCAGCGUCUUGUGGCCGUACAGCCGGUGUGUGAGGAUGUGGAUCCGUGUUUACGGGAGGCUGAGGGGGUCGAGGGUCCCGGGGACAGGCUGGAGCCUGGGGAGGUGUCGCUCUCAGUGCCAGCCCCACCGGACAGCGCCCCGCAGCACCGAUCGGGCCGGGAGACACCAGUCAGCGUGGACUCCAUCCCGCUGGAGUGGGACCACACAGUGGACGUGGGGGGCAGUUCCUCACAGGACGAGGAUGAGUUCUUGAGCCCCCUGGCCAGUGGAGAUCUAGCCCAGGCGUCGACCGUCUGGCACCCAGGCACCUCCGGGGACAGGGUCAGGACGAGCGGGCAGCGGGCAGAGACCGGACCUCCCUGUGACUCAGCACAUCGCCAGGACUACGCUAAACUCCUUUCAGAAGGUUCCGGAAGCACAGAGGAUGUCCAGCGAGUGCCGGAUGACCUGAAGAAUAACUUUCCCCAGGACGCGGGAUCCGUGGAGACGAAUGUUUCGGAUCAGCCCAUGGCAGGCGUCGUGCGCUGGAACCUGCUCCACGCCCAAGCUCUCAGCAAGGAGCUCCUGGUCAAGCAGAACCUACAGCAGUGGCAACAGUUCAACUCCGACCUGGAUCACGUCUCCACCUGGCUCAGCCACGUUGCACCCGCCCUGGAGGCGGCUCGGACCCCGGAGACCCCCAGCACCCUCACCACCAUCCAGGAGAAGAUGCGGAGCCUUGGGGACAUUCAGAAGGAUCUGGGCAAGUACAAGGCAUUGGUGGUCUCCGCCAACCUGAGCGGCCGGGAGCUGGUGCAGUCGGGCAGCGAUGAGGCGCGGGGGCUGCAGGACCGGCUGCACUCUGUCAACGGCCACUGGAAUCGGGUGUCGCAGGAGCUGCACAACUGCUGGGACAGCCUGCGUGGGGACCUGCUGCAGAGUCAGGACGUGUGGUAUACCACUCGCUCGGUACAGACGUGGCUGGCUAACUGUGAGGAACGGCGGGAGGGGCUCCGGCCCACAGCUCCCACCCUGGGGAUGCAGACCCUAGCACAGCGGCGCAGGGAGUUGCUGGCACUGCAGGAGGAGAUGCUGGGCCAUCAGCCACAGAUACUGGGGCUGGAGGAGCUCGGCCGGCGGCUGCUGGACAAUCCACAGGGGCCCCGGCAGCGGGAGGCCCGGGAGGAGAUCUGUGCCGUUGCCAACAAGGCCCGACUUCUGCUCCAGGGUGUGGCUGGUGACCUGCAGACUGUCGACGAGAGGCUGGAUGCCAGUUCUUUCAUAUCUGCUGAAGAGCUGGAUGUUACGGUGGUCCCACAGACUAGCACCCCAUUGCGACAUAUGUCGGGUUUGAAGGAAGCUCCACCUGUCUCCGCGCAGAGGUCAGCGCCAGUGACAGUGGAGCAGACCUCCCCAAGGGAACGGCCCUUCCUGGGCCGGGUGUUGAGGGCAGCCCUGCCCCUCCAGCUGCUCCUCCUCUUCCUCCUCCUCCUUGCCUCCCUCUUGCCCCUCCAGCAGCCUGAGUACAGCUGCUCUGUUGCCAAUAACUUCGCCCGUUCCCUCUAUCCCAUGCUGCGGUACACACAUGGACCCCCACCCACUUGAACCCAGCCACGGGACUCUUGCCUACCUGACUCGACCUUCUGAACCCUGACCACCUAACCCCAUCACAUUUUUUGCCCCUGCCCAAUCAAUCUCUCUCCCUCCCCUCUCUCUCUGUCCCUCUCCCUCUCUCCUCCCUCCCUCCCUCCUCUCUCCCCCUCCCCCUCCCCUCUCCCUCUCUCCCUGGCUCCCUCUCCCCUCCCCCUAUCUUCCACACCUCCUCCCUCCUUGGCCACAACUUUCUCUCUUUCCCUGGCCUUCUCUCUCUCUCUCUUUCUCUCCACCCCCUUGGCCACCCCUCCCUCCCUCCCUCCCUCCCUCCCUCAGCCCCCACUCUCUUUCUUUUUCUCCCUCUCUCUUCUCCUCCUCCACCCCCAGUAACUGAAUGGUGUAAAUGGUUCUGUAGUAGCAGCCCCCAACCCCAGGCUGUGCCUGACUGCGUUGAAGCCGUGCAACGGCUGUUUAAAUUUCUGGGAAAUAUUGUUUAGUGUGAAAGCGAUUUCUAUAUUGUACAGUCUAAGGUUUUUAUUAGUGGGAAUCCGGGAAGUGAAGAUGGAUAUGUAGGGAUCUAGGAUUACCUGCCCAUCGUGUAAUAACUCAUCAUGUCCGCUGUUAUUGCGGGGGGCAGCAACUGUAUGUAUUAAUAAGCAAUAAACUCUGAAUGGAUCAACAACCCAGCAGACAGUCUCAUUGGCUGUGCAAGGUGUGAGUGUGUGAAGUGCGGGCAGGGGGCCAUUCCUUUCCCAAUACCGCCCCUCCCCCAGUGAGGAUCCGCACCCUGGGAUGUGGGGGACAAACCUUUGCUGCGUUGCGAUGUCCAUUGAGGUCAUGGCUCGGACUUGGUUGCUUUCUUUUUAAGAUUAGUAGGGAUUUUAUUAGGACAGUGAGGAGAGGGUGUUAGGGGACAGGGCAGGAGCUAGCGUGGGGCGCUCCAGGGUCAAGGGGCCAGUGAUCCCCGUGAAUGACAGUGGUCAGCAGGCCCUGAGGAUGACAGGUCCUGAGUGCCCCCCACCCCCCCCCCCAGCCAUCAGCGGGUCCUGGGGUUAGAAAUCAGUGAGCGCCAGUGCAGGCUGCCCCCUCAGGUUGUUAACAGAAACGACUCAUUUCACUGUGUGUUUCGAUGUACAUAUGAUAAAUAAAUACAUGAAGCUGAAUUGAAUUUCUGCACU